AGUUGUCACCACUUUGUCUUUAUUAAGGUAAAGGAGAUGAUGAACCAAAGCCACCACUGCUGAUUGGAAGGUUUGGCACCUCACUGAAGAUAAGAAUGUAGGGGAAGUCAACCUUUUUCAACAUGCUGGCAAAGAGUCAGGCUGCGGCUGAAAACUUCUCCUUCUGCACCAUUGACCCAAAUGAAAGCAGAGUGCCCAUUCCAGAUGAACGCUAUGAUUUCCCCUGUCAAUUCCACAAACCUGCCAGGGCUCCUGAGCAGAAUCAUCAAGUCGGGCUACGCAGUCCUGCAGCUGAAGUACUUCUUCACCGCCAGAGCAGAAGAGGUCCGUGCAUGGGCCAUUCGGAAAGCAACGAAGGCUCCACAGGCUGCAGGGAACAUCCACGCAGACUUUCAGAAGGGCUUUAAUAUGGCGGAAGUAAUGAAAUUCCAGGAUUUUAAAGAGGAAGGCAGUGAGAGCGCUGUCAAGGUGAGCAGUCAGGGUGCCAGAGGAGAUGAGGGGAAGUCUCCUGUGAUCAGCAGAGCUGACAGUCGCCACACAGCUCCAACUGCAAACUGCUCUUCACCUUUACUCAGGGGAAGAAAUUACUGCACACACUCCAGCUCCACUCCUGACAAGCCGGCUGAUUUGGGCUCUAAACACGACCAUUCUGCUCCAGCUGUGCAUAUCUUUAUCACAAUGUGUCUUAACUGGCUCGUGGCACUUCUUGCUCUGAGGUAGCACUCGUUCACCCCUCCAGGCGUCUAUCAGAUCUAUAGAGGCCGCUGUUAGCUUCCAGCUCUCUGUUGCCAAAUUCCCGCUAAGCCGCCGUACCAGGCGUGAGACGGUGAUAAAAAGAGGCAAGUUAAAUACAGUGUGAAAUUCCUUCAAUAAGGCCCGUGUUACGGAUGGGGAGCACUGAAAUAUGACUUGCAUAUCUCUAUUUUUGUGCCAGCUGGUGUUUGUUUUGGCCUUUAAUCGGGGCCGUGUGGUGUUCCCGUGCACGCGCUUGUCAAAUGUG